AAUCUUAAAAUUACUUCAAUUUUCCCUCUUUUUGUUCAAGUUCCCACUUUUCCAGAAAUAGGUCUUCUGGAGUCCCCUUGAUCCUGAAUAAUUUAUGUUCAAAGCGUCACUCCGGCGUGACAUUUGCUCACAUCAUCCCAGGGUAACCGCGGCCAGGAGCAACGAAUCCCUCAUCAGAGCGCAGAAAGGUCAAGUGAUAUCGAUCUUAUCGCACAAACACACUCUAUUGUGUCAAAAUCAAAUCUCCAAAUUUGCGAUUAGGUCGGACAUGACAGCUCUCUUCAGCCUCAGCAUCUGCGGCUGCUCGUCUCUGGAGACUGGAUGUCAGGAAAUCACCUCUGGACGAGUCAAAAUCAGAGUGAUUGGCUUUUUCUUGAAGCCUAGAAGGCGGCUGGCGGAACUUUAACCUGAUUUUCCUGGUCAAUGCGCGGUGCGUAAAAUACGCGCUCCAGGGCGGGGACUAUUUCGGAGAGACAUUAUUUAAAAACACAUUAGCACGGUUUGCUGCGUCAACAGGUUGUUUAGAGUACCCCCUGGUCCCAUUUGAACACCCCCUCUACUCAGAUCAAAAGAGGUGUGAAGUUGAUACGACGCAUUUGGACGAACAAUUUGGACUCAUGCGCGGGGACUGCCGCCUGCCUUCACAACGAUGUCGGGAUGUGGCGCAGAACUUUGUGGCCAUAAAAUGUUCCCGAAACGAGGAUUUCACGUUUUGAUCGUGAUCGUGAUGAACCCAGCAGCUGCAGCACGGAGACAACUGCAACAUAAUGGCAUGUAGGAACGGCUGCUGCUGCAGCUCCGGACCUGUGAACGAGGAUAACGCGCGGUUCCUGCUGCUGGCGCUGUUCAUCGUCGUCUAUCUCCUCUGCGGGGCCGCAGUCUUCUCGGCGCUGGAGCAGCCGAAGGAGCGGGAGGCCAAGGAGCGCUGGGCGCAGAGGUUCGAGCAUUUCUCCCAGAAGUACAACCUGAGUAAGAAAGACUUGAGGAACUUCUUGAGGAACUAUGAGGAGGCAAACGUGGCGGGAAUCCGGGUUGAUACAAUCAGACCUCGGUGGGACUUCAGCGGAGCUUUUUACUUCGUGGGAACCGUGGUGUCAACCAUUGGGUUUGGGAUGACCACACCUGCCACCAUUGCCGGCAAAGUCUUCCUGAUGUUUUACGGCCUGCUUGGCUGUGCCGCCACCAUCCUCUUCUUCAACCUCUUCCUUGAGCGGGUGAUCACGGUUAUCGCGUUUGUACUCAAGUCCUGCCACAGGCGACGCCACAACAAGGCCAUGCUCCCGAAAAAUGGACGUUGUGCCUCUGUGGAGGAGAGAGCGGGUGGACCUGGAUCUAAUGGAUCAGGAAAAGGAGGCGGGGAUCUCGCUGGCUGGAAGCCCUCAGUCUACUGCGUCAUGCUUAUAUUAGGUGCUGCAGCCGUCUUAGUGUCCUGCUGUGCUUCUCUGAUGUACUCUGCAGCUGAGGGUUGGGCCUACCUGGACUCUCUUUACUUCUGCUUUGUGGCCUUCAGCACCAUUGGGUUUGGUGAUAUGGUGAGCAGCCAGCGACUCUCCUAUGAGGGAUACGCCAUGGCAGCGUACCGGCUGGGCAACUUUUUCUUCAUCCUGACCGGCGUCUGCUGCAUUUACUCCCUCUUCAACGUCAUCUCCAUCGUCAUCAAGCAGGUGCUGAACUGGCUGCUGAGAAGACUGGAAACCCCCUGCCGCUGCUGCUUCCCCAGGAGAGGUAUUCACCCGCACCGGCACCCCCGCCGCAACGUGGUCGCCCCAGGCCACCUUCGUGCCCGCAGAGACCCCUCCAUCGAAACAGAUGCCAUCAAUGAGAGUGAAACCGACCCGGGGCGCAGGAUGUCUGGGGAGAUGAUUUCCAUGAGGGAUUUCUUAGCUGCAAACAAGGUGAACUUAGCUAUUAUGCAAAAACAACUUUCAGAGAUGGCCAUCGGGCACCCGCGCCAGACCAACUCCAGUUCACGUCAGAACGGCUUCUCGGGAGGCGUUGGCGCUCUGGGCAUCAUGAAUAAUCGCCUGGCGGAGACGAGCAUGGACAGAUAAGGGCGGCUGUGGGAAGCGCUUUUAAAAGGAAACGGCAGACGGGUGAGAAAGACUCAGGCAAGUGAGGACGAACUGACACAGAGAAAGGCGGCUCAGCCACAAGCAGUGAAUUCAUCCCACCUCCUUUACUGUGAAGAACAAGACUUCAUUACCGAUGCAUGAAAGUUUACUGGAGACUCACAUCUGGACCAAAGCGCUGGACAUCCAGUUUCCAUGGUGAUCAAAAGUUUUCCUUUAGGCCUGUAUCUAAGCUUCUAAACAUCCAUCUGCAACUUCAACUCGUCUGCAACAAUGCUCCCUAUGACUCUAUCCGAUUCCAGCCUGUAUCUGUGCAUUGAUGAGAGAAAUAUACAUUUAAUAAAGUGCCAGUUUCCUCAUUUGGUGUUAAACCGUCUUCUCUCUGUGUACAACAAACAAGAAUUUAAUCAACAGAAUUUUAAAAGUCUGCUUUGCUUUUUUUUUUCACUUUACUGGCAAAAUUAUAUUUCAAAAGAGUUAACACAAUACAUUUUUGCAAUGGCUUUUUUCCUCA